GAGAGCCAAAAGGAAGCUCUCUGUGUAAAAGCCAUUUUGUUUAUAAUGCUUUACUUUCUGAUCCGGUGUUUCCUGAUUACUUGAUUGAAUCAUUGUCAAACGUGAAGAAUGAAGAUAUCAGAUUGCUUGUCCUCCCCCUCCGUUCUUCAGGAAACAAGUUUGUUGAUCUUUAACAUAGGUGCUGCGGGGGAGGGACUGUGCAAAUUUCUUGUAAGCUCAGGGAGGAGCUUCUCUUCAGCUAACACGGGAAAGAGAAGUAGCUUAGAAACAAUUAGAAGAGCAGCCGGAGCUACAGAGUGCAAUGCCCACAGAAAGGUUGGAGAAAAAAAAAACAGGAAACCAGGAAAUUCCAUGCAGGGCAUCUGGCUGAGGCGUCGCUCCUCUGAGGAAGUUUGUGAGCCGCAGGGAUGGGGCUGAAGGAGAAAGAACGGUGAAAUCAGCAUGGUGGGAGUGUGGCUCUGGAGACGGGGAAGAUGCUUGCUCUUUACAGGAUUGCUUUCCCUCUUGAUCUACCUGGUUUGGUUCCCCAGAGAGCAGCAUCAGAGACAGCAGCUUGUGGAGUCCAAGCUGUAUAAGGUCAUCUCUCCAUCCACGUACAGAUAUAUCCUCAACGAACCGGACAAGUGCCGGGACAUGUCCCCCUUCCUGAUCCUCAUGAUCCCAGUGGCUCCCACUGAUCGCGCAGCCAGAGACGCCAUCCGGAAGACCUGGGGCCGAGAGGGCCUGAUCCCAGGGGUGAUCAUCGGGCGGAUCUUCUACGUGGGGCUGCCCCAAGGUGACCAGGCCCCUCGGAUCCAGGUGGCACUGGAGGAGGAGAGCCGAGAGCACCGGGACAUUGUCCAGAAGGACUUCCUGGACAGCUACCGAAACCUGACCAUCAAGACCAUGAUGAUCCUGGACUGGCUGGCCACCUACUGCCCGGGGGCUUCCUACGCCAUGAAGAUCGACACGGACAUGUUCCUCAACGUGGACUACCUGGUCAACAAGGUCCUGGACACUCGGAGUGUCCCUGCCAAGGAGGACUUCAUCACAGGAGCGGUCAUUGCUGACGGAAGGCCUCGCAGAAGUAAGGAAAGUAAGUGGUACAUGCCAGAGGACGCCUAUCCCGAAGAUACCUAUCCGCCCUAUGUCUCUGGGACGGGUUACGUCUUCUCCGUGGGUCUGGCUAAAAAGCUGCUGUCUGCUUCCAAGUUUGUCAGGCCCGUUCCUCUGGAGGACAUCUACCUGGGCUUGUGCUUGCAGGUGCUUGGAGUCCUGCCCAGGCGUUCCUCAUGGUGGCACAGCUUGUUCAACAUUCAGUCCAUGGCCUAUGAGAGGUGCAUCUUCUCCCAGCUCGUCACAGUCACAGGCUACACGCCCAGCAAACUGCUUCACGUCUGGCAUGACUUUAGCAAAGCCAAGUUCACCUGCUGAAUCUAGCCAGGCAGGAAGUAUGAAUCAGGACUUGGCAACCAACUUUCUUUAAGGCAGCACAUUCCUGAAAAGUGCCUUCAUACAGGUGAUUAUGUUUUUAAGACCUUGUGCCUUUAGAAAUUCUAACUGCUUGUUCUCAAGCUGACAUUUCAACUGGUUUCUUUUCUUCAUGAACCUCAGAACAAGUGUAUAUGGGUCACCAGGUGAUUACCGUUUAAAAUCUAUAAUGUUGCACAGCUUUUAUCAUAAGACAGAUAAGCAGUCCUAAGUAAUGUGUGCGGCUGUAUAAUCCUGAACCCCUGAAGCAAAUGUGAGCUGGUGACGUAAUGGAAGCUGAAUAAAAACAGGAUAUAGCCCGAUGUGCAUUGUGUUUUCUGUGUUGAUUAUUGAUUUACAGAGUGGCACUCAAGUCUCGUGUUUCAUGUGGUUGUAUUGAAAGCACAUAACUGCAAAAAUGUCAGAUGGAAUACGGGUCAUAUAGCAUCAAGGCCAGAAAUAUCACAGAAAAAAGUCUGUGUUUCUGGAAUCUAGGGAAUUCAGGAAUUUGCACUGAGUGGUUGCUCAAAGACGUGGGUUAGUAGCCUCUCCAAAACCCAAGACAGUUUCAUUCCUGGUUGUUAUUAUUACUUUGGUGCCACUCUGAAACUCUGCAACACAUAACAAUUCAGAAGGAAGUCAGGUGGAGAGGAAGGAAGUUAAAGCACUGUCGCUCUGUCAUCAGUUUUGUUUCUUAUUUGUUCGAGUGUCUGAAGUUGCAGGAGGGCUCUAGACAGGUCCUUGGAUGACAGCAGACUAAAGAAACGCCUGCAAGUGGGGUUCUAAAUAUUGGUCUGGGUGAACUCUGCUUUCUCUUCUGUUAUUUUAAUCUUCCGUUUUAAUAUAUGCAAAGGGACAUGAUUUAGUGCUCCUAAUUGUUUAACUUUGUUCUAUCCACUAACUUAGCUCUAAUUUUGAACUUUAUCUGGAAACAUGCAGUCUUUGUACAGAUAUACACAACUGUCUACAGAGAUAAUAUGAGUUGUAUUAUUAGUAUUAGUGUGGAAACAGGAUUCUGUUUUGAUCCCGGUCUUAAUGUAGCAUGCUGAUAUGAAUUCAGCUGUAAACACAGCUGUUUGGUUUCCCGUCUCCAGAGGCGACAGGCCUGGCUUCUCUUUCUUUCCUGUCCAAGGACUCCCAACAUGGCUUCUGUCUCUCAGCCUGGCCUCUCUUUGUCCUUUAGUAAGUAAAUAGUAUUUGUCCGCAAAACCAUCUAGAAAUCAAGAGCAAUAUUUCUAUUGGAUUAAAAAAAAUGUGUUCACAAGCCUCACAGUUCACAGUGUAAUAGGGCUGCUUCACCUCACCGAAAGUUUUGUUGCCUUGUUCUGAAUCGCAGAACAUGGCACUGUGCAUACCUGAAAACAAUCUAUUUUGUGAUGGAAAUUGAAGGUUUAACACUUUACUGUGUAAAUUUUACUUUCAUUGUGUGUUUGAAAUGCACUCAUCAAAGCUGAAUCUUUCUGACUCCGAAAUACAAAAAUAGUGUUGCAGUUCCCCUUCAAGUUAUUCUAAUAUGUGUUGUCUCAGUAAAGCCAAAAUCAAAAUUG